UUUUUGUGAGCAAAGUUCUUUAGACAGAACUGGCCUUUUGACAAUUGUUGGGAAAGCAAAGGGAGGAGAAUGCAUUGGGACUCAGUGUCAACGUCCAAGGCUGGUUAUUUCUUGCAUUUUGACACCAGGCCUCCUGCAGGACCGGGCAAUACUUCACUUUUUCAGGUCAAUGUAAAUAGUCACUUCCAACUACAAAUAGUCACUUUAAAAAAAAAAAACUGAAAAGGUAAGAAUAUUUGGGAUGCAUUGUUACUUUAAAGGGAGGCCAACAAAUGACAGCCCUUCCAGUGUGACUCUUGGUAAGUCAGAAGGGGCUGUAUCUGGUGGCAGCACAAACAGGAUCACCAAAGUGGUGAGGUAAGUCAUCCAAGUUCAGACCACAGAACAACCCACCCUGGGUAAAGCAAACUCUAGAACAGCCCAUAGGUUUUCAGGGUGGCUUGUUUGGAAAAAAAAAGUCACCCUGGUUGAAGUGGGCUGGGCUCAGGCAUUGCAAAAAUCAGUUGUAAAUACAUAUUUACAUGGAGUGUGUCAUCAAAACAGGUCUACAUCUCUAGAAUGAUAUGAUGGUAAAAUAGCCACUACUUUGCUUUAAUUGAACCAUGGAGAAUUCCAAAUCUUGCUGCUUGUGGAAACAGUAAUUCCCAAUAAAGCUGGAAAAGUAGAUGCACUGUACUAUAAUAAUUACAAAAAACCUUUAAAUGAAUUUCCUGACUUCAAUCCUUGGCUUGUAAUUCUAUGCAUGCUUACCUGAAAGUUAAGCAUGCAUAGAAGUCAGUGGGAUUUACUUCUGAGUAGACUUGCAUAGGCUCAUGCAGUUUACAGUGGGAUAUCCUUAGAUUUCCAGCAUUGCUAAACAUCUGUUUCAGAAAUGGUUUUUUAUUAUUUAAUAACAAUGUUUCUCCUUAACAGUGUGGUUAAUUUAUUGGUCAACCAGCAGGAAUGUUUCUUAGCAGCUGAAAUUUGGUUAGAACUUGGCAUAUAAACUUGGUAUCAUUACAGAGUUGUGAUUAAACCAAAGUACAUUCACAACAGAUGUUAUUGAUGUUGUAAUAAUAAUUGUACUAGACUUUAAUAGAAGUUUUGGAUUCAUGCUGCAAUCCACAGGCCUUUAGGCACACUAGAUUAGGCUCCAUCUAUGUAGGUGGUCCAUUCCGUACAUUAAUUUUUGGCAGAGACAACUAUGGGUGGAUAGCCACUUGAAAGAUAAGAGUUCAGUUCAGAAUGGAGUAGAACUUCUUGCUCUUAUUCUGAGUUGUUCGAAGUCCAUAUGCCACUCUAGAUACUUGAUAGUUAAGUCGAUAAAUUAGCCAAUAUAGAUACAAUGGGACUUUUUUACUAUUUGCCCCAGAGAACUGUUUGCCACUGUUCAGCAAGCACAGUGGGAUCCGCUGCAGCAAUUGGUCCUCUAAGGUUAUAGGCCUCAUUAAUUUUGCUAAGAGCCACCGUAUUAUUAGCAAGAAAGCCAUAAAAUGAUGAGAAGGCCAGCAAAGUCUGUUGUAUAUUUGGCCUGGUCAGACCUUAACUGCUUUAUUAACAUAAAUCUCACUUCUACCACCAUGUUUCAUUAAGAAAGAAACACAGACAUAAGAUUACAGGCAAAGAAUUUAGGUACACUCAACUCUCAGUCAGCUGUAGUUAAAUGAGAAAGACCCAUCCACCGAUUUCCUGCUCAUCUCACUAAAUUCUGAGUCUCCAGUUAGUUUCAUUAUCCCUGAUGCUGCAACGGACAGGAAAAGAUAUUUGGACUCUUGGUACAGUCAAGCUACCAAUGAUCGUAUGGCAAGCAGCAGAAUAAUGGGAGUUGAGGUAUGGUUCUUUUUCACCAAUAGUUUGGAAUACAAUGACCCAAUAUCAGUUCCAUGACGUAUGCUAGCAAAGUAAAUGACCAAUUACUUGCCAUUGAACUUCAUGGACGUAUACUAGAACUACUUUGUUUUUUACUUGUCAGUUUUAAUUUCCUCACAACGAAAUUAUUUUUUUAGAUCUAUUAACGGCUAUUCUGUAGGUUUACUCAGAAGAAAGCUGGACCUCAUUAAGUUCAUUGCCACUAGCAGGUAAAGAAACAAGAUGACAUCAGAUACCUAUUUUGUGUAAUACCUAUUUGAGAAGCGAACAUAAAAGGCUAGACACGUAUUCGAAAUUCAUUGAAUUUGUGCAGUUCAGGCUACCAUUGGCUGAAAACGGCGUGACGUAAAACAACUUUACUGCGGCGCCGCUUGCGAAAUGUGGAGUUCAUAUUCUUGACCCACGUGUAUGCUGGACAGAAAGACGCUAUUAAGCACUUGGGGGCGGGAGGUGAAAAAGUUUGUCACGGAAGUUAUGGGGGACCACAUUCUCAAAUAACUUUUUGCCAGUUGCCUGUCCCCACAUCUGCUUUGUGAUUCCAUGCAGCCAUGAAUGCAGGGGAAAGGGGGCGGGUGCAGUAAUCCACAAGACCCUGCAUGCGGCUUUGGAUCAAAUUCUGUGAUCAAGUUUCUAUUUUUCUAAAAUUCUAUGAUUAAGUUUUGGAGAUGCACAUCACAGUACACUGCACGUUGCUUCUGUGUUUCCAGGGGCUGAUUCGUUCCCCCGAAAUCUGAGUAAAACGGUUCCCGUUCGCCAGCCGCCUUUUUUACUUUCCCCACAAGGGCUCCGACCGCCCUUUAUGCAGUCCGGAAUCGAACGGGGAGGAGGCAGGCGUAGCCAGGCGGCGACUACAACGUUCGAGCGAGUUGCGUGUUGGUGGUGCCUAAAAUGGCAGAAAGACCUAUUUGGGAGCAAAUUGGAACAAGUUUUGUACAACUGUAUUAUCAACAGUUUGAUACCAGUAGGGAACAAUUAGGUGCCCUUUAUACAGAUGCUUCCUGUUUAUCAUGGGAAGGGCAGCAAUUUCAAGGAAAAGCAUCAAUUAUGGAAAAAUUGAUGAGACUCCCUUUCCAAAAAAUUCAGCACAACAUAACAUCCCAAGAUCAUCAGCCAACUCCUGACAACUGCAUUCUUAGUAUGGUGGUUGGUCAGUUGAAGGUGGAUGAUGAUCCAGUGAUGGGAUUCCAUCAGUUGUUUGUUCUCAAGAACGUUAAUGACAAAUGGAUUUGUUCAAAUGACAUAUUUAGGCUGGCCUUGUACAAUUUUGCUUGAAAUCAUCUCUCCAAAGUGCCUUUGCUUAUUUCCAAUUCUUGACUAAAUAAAACUUUAGUUUGUGCUGUUCUUUA